AUGGAUAAAAUGUUUGCAAGAUUUGAAGGUAGAAAAAGUUUGAAAACAACCAAAAAUGUUGAUGUACAUAAUGACAAAGUUAAAUGUGGUAGUAAUAGAGAUAAUAUUGAGUAUGUUGAAGUUGUUGAUAGUGAUGGCGAGGAGUUAGUUGUUAGUGAAGAAUUAGAAGAAAGUGAGAAAUUGUAUGAUGAUAUAGGUAGUAUGCAUGAAAGUAGUGGUAAUUUGCAUGAUCAUGGUGAGGAUAAUGUUGAUGUAGAUGACCCGAACACAAUUCCCUACUUGAAUCAACAAUUUCCUAAUUUACAAGCCGGGGAGAAUUUGUUUAGGGCGUAUGCUUUAAAGAAUGGUUUUGCAAUUAAGAUACAAAACACACAGAAGCGUGCGAAAGAUAAAUCCAUAUAUGGUCGAAUGUAUGUUUGUAAUUUAGCGGGAGAAAAUCGUGGGAAAAACCCCGUUGAGGACGAUGAAAUUUUGAUUGGUAGAGUUGGUAGCGUUAAAGGCAAACGGCGUAGAGAUGUGCUUCCUAGGAGUGGUUACAAAGUUAGAAUGUACUUGGUUAAUAAGAAAAAAACAAGUCAUUGGGAGAUAACCGGUUUGGAAUUAGAACACAAUCACCAAGUUGUUACUCCUUCUAAGAUGAGUUUGAUAAGACGGGAGAAACGUGUGACCGCGGCACAAAAAAAUUUGAUCAAGAGCUUACAUGUUUCGGGUGUCCAACCAAGACAACAAAUGAAUAUAUUUGGAAAAAUGCACGGAGGAGCGGAACAAGUGGGUUUUAACAGCCAACAUUUAAGAAAUGUCGUACGUGAUUUUAGGAAGGACAACAUGGGAGUUAAUGAUGCUCAAGCCGGUUUGGAUUUGUUGUACCGUUUGCAAGAAGAGAGCGGCGGUAAGUUUUUCAUCAAGACUCUCCUCGAUGACGAACAAAGAUUGAAGUGUCUUGUAUGGGUCGAUCCCUGCUCUUUGAUGGCCUACAAAAACUUCGGUGAUGUGGUUGCGUUUGACACUACAUAUCGAACUAAUAGGUAUGCUAUGCCAUUUGUGCCUUUCACCGGAGUCAACCAUCACUAUCAAUCAAUACUUUUUGGUUUUGCACUCGUUCGGGAUGAAUUGAAGACAACUUUUGAGUGGGUUUUGAGUACUUGGCUAGAAGCAAUGGAAGGCAAAGAACCCUUGGUUAUCAUAACCGAUCAAGAUCAAGUCAUGGCCGCGGCUAUUGAAUCACAACUUCCGAACACAUCACAUUUGUUAUGCUCAUGGCACAUUAGCAACAAAUUCCCCGAGAAACUUGCAACAUAUUAUUCCAAGGAAGGGUUUAAAUUUGAUUUCAACAAUUGCAUAUAUCACUCUUUGACUGAAGUUGUGUUUGAAGAUCGGUGGAAUGCUUUGGUUUUGAAGUACAAUUUGGAAGGCAAUACAUGGCUUCAAGGGUUAUAUGCUUUGAAGCAUAAGUGGGUCGAGGCUUACACAAGAAACACUUUUUCUGCGGGUCAAAAGACCACAUCAAGAAGUGAAGGAAUGAAUGCAUAUUUCGAUGCCUAUGUUGGUUCUUGCACCGGUUUGAAAGAUUUUGUAGAGGGUGCACAAAAAGCUUUGGAGAGGCAAUUCAUGCGUUAG